AGGGGCGCAGCGUGGGAAAGGGAUGGUUGAGUUUUAACCGGAGGCUGAGCGCGAGUGGGGUCAGUGUGCGCGCACCGCCCGCAGCCGAGCGCCGAGCGCCGAGCGGCCGCUGCAGUUAACUCCUCCCUGCCCGCCGCGCGGCCGACCCCCUCCGCCCGGAGCCCGCGCUCCGCCAGCAUGAAGAGAGCCCACCCCGACUACAGCUCCUCCGACAGCGAGCUGGACGAGACCAUCGAGGUGGAGAAGGAGAGUGCCGACGAGAAUGGAAACUUGAGUUCCGCGCUGGGUUCCAUGUCCCCAACGACGUCGUCACAGGUUUUGGCCAGGAAAAGACGGAGAGGCAUAAUUGAGAAGCGCCGACGAGACCGAAUCAAUAACAGUUUGUCUGAGCUAAGGAGGCUGGUACCCAGUGCUUUUGAGAAGCAGGGGUCUGCUAAGCUAGAAAAGGCAGAGAUCUUACAGAUGACAGUGGAUCACCUCAAAAUGCUGCACACCGCGGGAGGGAAAGGUUAUUUUGACGCGCACGCCCUAGCUAUGGACUAUCGGAGUUUGGGGUUUCGGGAAUGCCUGGCCGAGGUUGCCCGUUACCUGAGCAUCAUUGAAGGACUCGAUGCCUCCGACCCGCUUCGGGUACGCCUGGUGUCACACCUCAACAACUACGCCUCGCAGCGGGAAGCCGCGAGCGGCGCUCACGCGGGCCUCGGACACAUCCCCUGGGGCAGCGCCUUCGGACACCACCCACACGUCGCACACCCGCUGCUGCUGCCCCAGAAUGGCCACGGGAACGCCGGCAGCACGGCGUCAGCCGCCGAGCAGCAUCACCAGGCCAGGCUGGCCUCGGCGCACCCGGAGGCGCCGGCCUUGCGGGCGCCCCCUAGUGGCAGCCUGGGACCGGUGCUCCCCGUGGCGACCUCGGCCUCCAAACUGUCGCCGCCGCUGCUGUCCUCGGUGGCCUCGCUCUCCGCCUUCCCAUUGUCCUUCAGCUCCUUCCACCUGCUGAGCCCGUCCACACCCACGCAGGCAGCAAGCCUCGGCAAGCCCUAUAGACCUUGGGGGACGGAGAUCGGCGCCUUCUAAAGAACUGUGGCUGUAGGAGCAAGGGAGGGGACCCUGGAGUCCCAGGUGCCAGCACCAACGUAAAGUCACCGCAGUGAAAGUAAGGAAAAGGUACACUUCCAGAUAAUGUUUUUUUCCCCUAGAGACUAAGGGUUUGUUGGUUUACUUUUUUUUCUUUAAAUUUUUUUAAAUCAUGUCAUAUAUUAGCAAUUUUUUUAAAAAAAUUAGUUUUUUGUUUAAAGCGUUCAGUUGAGGUAGUGAUUAUAAACCGACACUUUGUGAUGCCCGCUGUCUGUUCUGUCCCUAAUUUACUUUGUAAACCUGUCUGACCCAAGAAUGAUUCCAUUUGCCUCCGUUUAAUUUUUAACAUCAGAGUUCCUGGGGUCUGUUUCCUGGCUUGUAUAAGUUGCAGUCUAUCUCUCUCUCUCUCUUUUUUUAGGAUUAAUUUCCCAAACCACUAUGCUCAAUGUUAACGUGAUUUUGUUAAUAUUUUGACAGAUUAAAGUGUAUAAGUGAUUUUCUUUGGCGAGGUUGGGGUGGGGGGUGGGGUGGUCAGCAAAGCAUUAUAUUUCCAGACAGAGCGUUGACAAAUCAGACAAACAGCUUUAUUCUAGAAACACUAGCUCUCUGCCCCUUAGAGCAGAGUGGAUUGGGUGCACAAACUUAUCAGUAGCCCUGAAUCCAGAUGAGCACUUACCGUGUGUGGCCUGGCAGGUUUUGCUGUGCUAACAUUUCAGGUUUAGAAACAGCCGCUGGUAGGCUAGAUCCCGGUUUGGAGGGUUGGCAGCAAGCAAGACAGUUAGGUAGAACACGCCUGCACUUCCCAGCCCCAAGCAAUGCAAUGUAUUUCCAGUCUCACAGAAUCUCCAGCUCACAAGUGUUAACCUGCACAAGCGAUCCUAGUAUGCAAGUAGUUAGUUCAGUGUCUGUAAAAUGCAUAGCCCGGUUUCCCCGGAACUGUUAUGUAUCCUUCUUAACUGGAAGUUUUUAUGUUGCGUUUCCCUUUUGUUGCAUGAAAGAAUGUGAUUCUUGUGAUACUUAAAAGGGCUUCUCUUUGAUUUUUAAAAUUUUGAUUUGGGCUCUAGAAGCUUUGUUUUACAGGUUUAUUCCUUUAGCAGGUAUAAUUUGAGCAGCCUCCACCGAGCUGGGUUUGACCUCUGUUGUACUGAUGUGUUGUGACUAAAUAAUAAUAAUAAUAAAAAA